GCUGCUGGUACUGUUGUAAUUCGGUUCACAUGAGCUGCAGGUGGGAUCCAUUUCAAUCAACAAAAGCUGCAGUCUCAUGUCUGAACUCUGCUUGUUCAUAAUACGCUGUCUACUCCAACCCGUCUGUACUCUCGCCUUCUGGCUCUCUCUCUUCUCUAUCAGAUGCUCUCUUCUCUCUGUCCAUGUUCCCUCCUCUCUGACUAAUGGUUUUUCCUUUUUCUGUUUUGCUUCCUGGCUCAGUAGACCACAACCUGGACCUAUAGGCUGACAUGGCUCCAGACAAGGAAAUUAAUGGACUUGACAAGUAUGCCUUUGCGCUGGAGGGACGCUUCUGUGAUCUACCUGACACAGAAGAACCAGUCUCCUCUACGGAUGAGUAUAGUAACAAACUAGCAUACUGUGUAACAGAUGUUCCUCCCUGGUACCUGUGCAUCAUUCUAGGAAUCCAGCACUGUUUGACUGCAUUUGGAGGUAUCAUUGCCAUCCCUUUGAUCCUGUCUCAGGGACUGUGCCUGCAGCACGACAGCCUCACACAAAGCCACCUCAUCAGUACAAUCUUCUUUGUUUCUGGGAUCUGCACUCUGUUGCAAGUUAUCUUUGGCAUUAGGUUGCCCAUUCUUCAAGGUGGCACAUUCACAUUACUGGCUCCUUCCAUGGCAUUGCUCUCUAUGCCAGAGUGGACAUGUCCUGCAUGGACGCAAAAUGCCAGCCUGGUCAACACCUCCUCCAUAGACUUCAUAGAGACGUGGCAAAGUCGAAUGAGAGCACUUCAGGGAUCCAUCAUCGUGGGCUCACUCUUCCAAGUGCUGGUUGGUUUCUCAGGCCUCAUUGGCCUCUUCAUGCGCUUCAUUGGUCCUCUCACCAUCGCUCCCACUAUUUCUCUUAUUGGACUGUCCCUCUUUGACUCAGCGGGCAGCAGUGCUGGGAACCACUGGGGCAUCUCUGCAAUGACCACAGCACUGAUCAUCCUGUUCUCGCAGUACCUCCGGCACAUAGCUGUGCCUGUUCCAGCUUACAACAAGGAUAAAAGACUGCACACCUCUCCAGUCUAUGUCUUUCAGAUUCUACCUGUUUUGCUGGGAAUCACCUUAUCUUGGAUGAUUUGCUACAUUUUGACUAUCUAUAAUAUACUUCCUACUGAACCAGACCAGUAUGGAUACCUUGCACGUACUGAUCUAAAGGGAGAUGUUAUGAGCCAGGCUCCCUGGUUGGUUUUGCCAUACCCAGGACAAUGGGGGAGACCUACUGUGAGCCUUGCAGGGGUGGUUGGGAUCUUGGCUGGUGUGAUUUCCUCUAUGAUAGAGUCUGUUGGGGACUACCAUGCUUGUGCAAGGUUAUCUGGAGCUCCACCACCCCCGAAACAUGCCAUCAACAGGGGUAUUGGUAUAGAGGGAAUAGGCUGCCUUCUGGCAGGUGCCUGGGGUACUGGAAAUGGUACCACUUCAUACAGUGAAAAUGUUGGAGCCCUAGGUAUUACAAAGGUUGGCAGUCGCAUGGUGAUAGUGGCCAGUGGAGUGUUGAUGGUUGUCAUGGGUAUAUUUGGUAAGGUGGGCGCUAUAUUCACCACUAUUCCAUCACCUGUGAUCGGAGGAAUGUUUAUGGUUAUGUUUGGUGUCAUCUCCGCAGCUGGAGUUUCAAAUCUGCAGUAUUCAGAUAUGAAUUCGUCUCGAAAUAUCUUCAUUUUUGGCUUCUCCAUGUUCACUGGUCUGGUCAUUCCUAACUGGAUACUGAAGAACCCGAAAGCUGUUGCAACAGGUGUGGUAGAACUUGAUCAGGUCCUGCAGGUACUUCUGACAACCAGCAUGUUUGUUGGCGGCUUCUUUGGUUUCAUACUGGACAACACCAUUCCAGGAUCAAAGCUUGAACGAGGCAUCCUGGACUGGAACAAGGCUCACGAGGAUGACUCCAGCAACACACUGGAGAGUGGAGAGGUCUACAGCCUUCCCUUUGGCAUCAACUCUCAUCUGUGUUCUUCCUCCUGGUUCCGAUACAUCCCUUUUUGCCCGCCUGGUAUGCCCAACUCCCCGGAUGGAUGUGGAGCAGUUGCUAAUUCAGUGGAACCUAAGCAGUCACUGAAACAACAAGAGCCUUCACAGAUCAUUAUUGGAGUUGAUCUGUGAGUGGUGCAUUCACUCCAGCAUGCCAUUUUGGGGAUUUUCCAAAAACAUUUCCAUCCUAGGCAGCUCAAUUUGGACCUUAUAAAGGGUACUCUAACGUAACAACAUGGUGCAACAUAUUUAAAAGAUCUUUUGGAAUAACAUUUGCAAAUUACACCCUGCACAUUGUGAUCAGUCACAAUGUUAAAACCACUGACAGGUAAAAUGAAUAGCAGUGAUUAUUCCAGUGCAGUGUUCUGCUGGGAAGCUGUGGGUCCUGGCAUUCAUGUCGAAGCUGCUUUCACUGGUUUCAACCUACUGAACAUUGUUGAAUUCCACCUCACCUCAGUGGUACUUUCCUUCAAGGAGGAGAAUACACUUUACAGCACUACAAGAGGGCUCUUCACAAUAUUAGCAAAGUGGUUUUAAUGUUGUGGCUCAUCUGUGUAGAUCUUUGAUCAGGAAUGUAGUAUUGUUAGACUUUUUGUAAACUUAUGAUACUGAUGACCUGAUUAUUAUUGAUGAUGUAGAUCUUAAAAAAAAAAUCUAAGCAGAUAUUUGUAUCCAGAGAGAAUUAUGUGCAGAUUCACAAAUUGAUGAUUUACUAGUUUUAUACUUUCAUAUUAGUCUCAAAAUACAGUCACAUCUGGGUGCUAGUGAACAAAAACUUAAAUGACAUGAACAUGAGCAAAUCCAUAAUCUUGAAAGCUGGAUUUAACAGAUGGAUCUGAUGAAAGUUUCACAUACAGUACCUCAUGCACCGCACGUUUGCUGUAACAGUCAAUAUUUUUACAAGUGAUUAAGUUUUUCUGUGCACUUUAUGCAUUAAUGCUGACAUUUACUGACAGGAUUUUUCUAUCAGAACGCUACAGCUCCGCCAGCAUUCAAGAUCCAGCAAUUCUUCAAUGCACAAACCAGGACUACUGAAUGACUAAAAACUGUGAUUU